UGUUCCGUCGUCUGCUUCACCUGACAUCCCCCGGCCCGCCUCUGGCGGAGGGAGGGGGGGGCCCCAGCACCAUGGCCCUAGCGCCCCAGGCGCAACACUGACGGCGGCUGGCCGGAGCGCGCCAUGCCCAGCAGGACGUACGCCAAGAUGGACGGGAGUGGCGGCCGUGUCCGUCUGAAGGCGCACUUCGGCGGGGACAUCCUGAUCACGAGUGUGGAUGCCUCAACAACCUUUGAGGAGCUGUGUGAGGAAGUGCGGGAUAUGUGUGGCCUACACCAGCAGCACCCUCUCACUCUCAAGUGGGUGGACAGUGAAGGUGACCCUUGCACCGUGUCCUCACAAAUGGAACUGGAGGAGGCCUUCCGCCUCGCCUGUCAGCACAGGGAUGAAGUGCUCAUCAUUCACGUUUUCCCGAGCAUCCCUGAGCAGCCAGGCAUGCCUUGUCCCGGAGAAGACAAAUCCAUCUACCGCCGUGGGGCCAGAAGAUGGAGGAAGCUCUACCGCGCCAACGGCCACCUCUUCCAAGCCAAGCGCUUUAACAGGAGAGCGUACUGUGGCCAGUGCAGCGAAAGGAUAUGGGGUCUCGCGAGGCAGGGCUACAGGUGCAUCAACUGCAAGCUGCUGGUCCAUAAACGCUGCCACGUCCUCGUCCCGCUGACCUGCAGGAGGCAUAUGGAUUCUGUCAUGCCUUCCCAAGAGCCGCCAGUAGAUGACAAGAAUGAUAGUGUGGACCUUCCUUCUGAGGAGACUGAUGGAAUUGCUUAUAUUUCUUCAUCUCGGAAACAUGACAUCAAAGAUGAUUCUGAGGACCUUAAGCCUGUCAUUGAUGGGGUCGAUGGGAUCAAAAUCUCUCAGGGUCUUGGGCUGCAGGACUUCGACCUUAUCAGAGUCAUUGGGCGUGGGAGCUAUGCCAAGGUCCUCCUGGUGCGGUUGAAGAAGAAUGACCAGAUCUAUGCCAUGAAGGUGGUGAAGAAGGAGCUCGUCCAUGACGACGAGGAUAUUGACUGGGUACAGACAGAGAAGCAUGUGUUUGAGCAGGCGUCCAGCAACCCAUUUCUGGUUGGCUUACACUCUUGCUUCCAAACAACAAGUCGGUUGUUCCUGGUCAUAGAGUAUGUCAACGGGGGGGACCUCAUGUUCCACAUGCAGAGGCAGAGGAAGCUUCCAGAAGAGCAUGCCAGGUUCUAUGCUGCUGAGAUCUGUAUUGCUCUCAACUUCCUUCAUGAAAGGGGUAUCAUCUACCGGGACCUGAAACUGGACAACGUCCUCCUUGAUGCAGAUGGGCAUAUCAAGCUGACGGACUAUGGCAUGUGCAAGGAAGGCCUGGGCCCUGGCGACACAACAAGCACCUUUUGUGGAACCCCGAAUUACAUUGCCCCGGAAAUCCUACGGGGAGAGGAAUAUGGGUUCAGCGUGGACUGGUGGGCGCUGGGCGUCCUCAUGUUUGAGAUGAUGGCUGGACGCUCCCCCUUCGACAUCAUCACUGACAACCCUGACAUGAACACCGAGGACUACCUUUUCCAAGUUAUUCUGGAAAAGCCGAUCCGGAUCCCCCGAUUCCUCUCUGUCAAAGCCUCACACGUAUUGAAAGGAUUUUUAAAUAAGGACCCCAAAGAGAGGCUCGGCUGCCGGCCACAGACUGGGUUUUCUGACAUCAAGUCCCAUGCCUUCUUCCGCAGCAUAGACUGGGACCUGCUGGAAAAGAAGCAGGCCCUGCCUCCCUUCCAGCCGCAGAUCACGGACGACUAUGGCCUGGACAACUUUGACACGCAGUUCACCAGCGAGCCUGUGCAGCUCACCCCAGAUGAUGAGGACGUCAUAAAGAGAAUCGACCAGUCUGAGUUCGAAGGCUUCGAGUACAUCAACCCACUUCUGCUCUCCACUGAGGAAUCCGUGUGAGGCUUCGAGCAUCUCUGUCGUGGACACGCCUGUGAAUGACCCUGUCACUUUUCCCUUAACCACAGCAUAUGCAUGUCAGGCUGGGCACGAGGCUCCAAGCAGCCUGGGAGGGAUGCUGGCCGCCUAGACCACAGAGGGAAGCACCUGGCAGGUGCUUCUGGACAGAGCAAGCCUCUUGCGUCCGGGCCCCAGAGGCUGACUUUGUGCUGGAGGAAUCAUUCCCUAUGCCCGAGGCAGCCCUGCUGGAGGGCAAGACUGUCAUGCCAUUUCGAAGGUGCACAUUUUCCGCAGAAACAGAACUUAAUGCACUGACCCGCUCCAGGAAAAUUAGCGUGUAAUGUCCUGAGGAAUAAAAUGUACCGAUGAUGUGGAACUUC